CAUCGCUCUGAGUAUUCUGUGUGUUCGAGUCGCAUCGAAAAGACCUCUACCCUCUGUGCACGACUCAAGACGAGCAACAUCUGGCAAGAUGAAAGGUGAACACGAGCAGCAAGUCCAGGAGUUCAGACAGAAGAUGGAAAAUGUCAUCAACACCAACCCGACGAUAUUCCAUCCGGCCGACGUGAAACGUAUUCAAGAGGAUGCGGCAUACUGCGGUCGGUUCCUGAGGAUGACCAAAAACGACCCAGAUCACGCGGUCGAGUAUGCCAAGAAAGCCUUCGAAUGGCGAAAAUCCAUGGGAGUGAACGAUAUGAGCGAGUCGACCCUCAAGGCUUGCCGAUUCCUCAAGUCCGAGUCUCUCUACCCCUACGGAGUCACGAAGAGCGGCGCCCAUAUACUCGUCAUGAAAGCGAGGAAUCACAUCAAGCCGAAGAAUGCAGAAGAAGCUCUGGAGCACAGGAAGCUUUUCGCUUUCGUCCUCGAUACGCUGAUCAAGGAGAAGAAUGUGGAGCGGGUUUGUCUCAUGAUGGACUGUCAGAACGCCGGAGUCAGCAACGUGGAUAUGGAGGGAAUCAACUUCAUGAUCUCGGCUUUCCGCGACUACUACCCCGCGUAUCUAGAACAAAUCCUCGUUGUGGACAUUCCGUGGGUUCUGAAAGCUGUCUGGACCGCGAUCAAGAGACUUCUGCCUCGUGAGGCACAGAAAAUCAUUCACUUCGUCGACGCGAAGCACCUCUCUCAGUACAUCGAGCCGGACAACUUGCCGAUUUCUCUGAAUGGCACGAAUGACUACUGCUACAAAUACGUGCCAGGUCAGGCCCUCGGCCUGUUUUGUCCAAAGGCCCAACAGCUCAAGUAGAGGACCGAAUCCGAGAAAUUCGAAUUAUGAAGAUCAAGUGAUGAAAAUAAUGAUGGAUGAUAUGAGAGAAGGAUUGAUAAAGAAUAGCCCGAAAUCGAGGGUCGUCGGUGGACAAGGAAAUGAUCGCGGUGCCCGACUCGACGGACAUGUGCAGGAUGCGCUCGUGCGCCGACCGACCGACAGGUCCACAGACAGUCAGUGAGAAGACACCCGAAUCACCACGCACAACCCAAAGCAUUCACGGCUAUUGCCAAUACUUCGAUUCAUAGAAAUUAGGUAUAGUUAUGCAGAGCAAAGACAAUAAUGUGAUGUGAAAAACAUGAAUAAAAGUUCCUCUUCCGUCGGUCUGACUUCCCCUUGAGCCCAUAAGUCCGUGCUGUCUGCUUCUGGCUCUCGCCACUCAAGCGUUGGAGAAUCGAAACAGCGCAUAAGUCUGGCGGUCACGGUCGUCGAUCAAGGCUGGGGGAAGGCCGAUCCUCGGUUCUUUAAACGAAAC